AUGGCAUUCCAGCCAGGGGAUCACCUUUGGAAGAAAGGCGGUCGCCUCUCAGGAAAGAUAUAUGACCACCACAUUAUCUACAAAGGAAGACAUGCAACUGGGCAUGCCAUCAUCGAGAAUUCCUUCCGUGCUGGACGAGUUGUGCAGAAGACUCUUUCAGAUGAGCAGUUGAAGCCUUACGAGCUGUACGAGAGGCCUGGCAAUGCUGACCGCUGCCUGUCCAGAGCGGAGGCAGCUCUGGCAGAAUGUCGGAAAUACAGUCUCAUAUUCUAUAAUUGUGAAACUUUCGCGAACGACUGCCUACAUGGCCAUGGUGGGAGUUUUCAAGUGCGGCGAGCCACGGGGCAUGUGGCGCUUUUGACGUCAGUCUCUUCGGCUGCUGCGACCUCCGCCGCCGUUGGUCUGGUGACCACGCAGCAUGUCGUCAUUAACGUGCCAGAUAAGGGCGCGUUUGGAGUAUGGGCAUAUUUAGGUUACACACACCCUGUCGUGAAGAAAAUUGUUGUGAGCCAUCCCUUAGGGAUCGCUGCAGCAAGUGGUGCGGCGUGUGGAUGCUGUAUUUGGUCCUGCUUCGCACUUUUUGGCCGCGACCCUCGCAAGCGUCGGAGGCAUGGCUAG